AUGUCUGCAAUAACAACUUCACCAUUAAAUAAUAGUAUAUUACCAGUUCCUCAAGGAGCUAUUGCCACUCCAGCUUCAUCAAUAACGUCUCCUUCAUUAUCAACAACUAAUAUAAAUAAUAAAAUAAAUCAACAAAAUCAAAAUCAAAAUCAAAAUCAAAAUCAGUCACAAUCACAAUCACAACCACCACAACAAACAGAAGCAAAUCUGACUUAUAAUCAACCAAUAGGAGAAAGAACCAAAAAGGAAGUUGAUGAUUCCCUUAGAUUAAUUGAAGAUUUAAAAUUCUUUUUAGCAACUGCACCAGCAAAUUGGCAAGAAAAUCAAGUAAUAAGGAGAUAUUAUUUAAAUCAUGAUGAAGGUUUUGUUAGUUGUGUAUUUUGGAAUAAUCUUUAUUUUGUAACAGGUACAGAUAUUGUUAGAUGUAUUGUUUAUAAAUUUGAACAUUUUGGUAGAAAAAUUAUUGAUAGAAAAAAAUUUGAAGAAGGUAUAUUUUCAGAUUUAAGAAAUUUAAAAUGUAAUAUUGAUGCUAUAUUAGAACCUCCAAGAUCAGAAUUUUUAGAAUUUUUAUUUAAAAAUUCAUGUUUAAGAACUCAAAAAAAGCAAAAAGUAUUUUUUUGGUUUAAUGUACCUCAUGAUAAAUUAAUGGCUGAUGCUUUAGAAAGAGAUUUGAAAAAGGAAAAAGCUGGUCAAAAACCAACUACUAUAGCUCAUAAAGAACCUGCUUUAAGUUUUAAUUUUGAUGAAAGUUCUAAUUUAUAUAAUCAAUUGGUUAAACAUAUGGAUACAACUAAAAAUCUUUUAGAAGUUUAUGAAAGUGAUGAAGAAAAUAAUACUUUCAUGUCUAAUUAUAAAAUUAAAGAUGAAUAUUCAAAUAAUAGUGGAUUUGGUAAUCAAUUAAGUUCAAUUAAUAAUGUUGGUAAUAAUAAUAAAUUAAAUGAAAUUCAAUCAAAUAAAUCAUUUGAUAAAAGUAGUAAAAUAUCUGAUAAUGAAGAUGAUGAUGGAGAUUCUGGUGCAAAUGAUGUAAGUUCUGGAGAAGAUAAUAAUACUACUACCAAUAUUACUACUAAUAAUGAAGAUAGAACUAAUAACAAUGCUAAUAAUUCAGAUUAUGAAGAUGAUUUCCCAUUAGAUUAUUUUGAACCUCAUAGUUCAGAUGAUUAUAUUACAUUAGAAUCAACAAAUUAUCAAGGUAAUGAAUAUUCAAAUAUGAUUAAUGAUAAUUAUGAACAAUUAUUUGAAAAUCAAAUUUUUCAACAACCAAUUACAAAUCAAGUUGCUUCAAAUACUGAAUACUUAAUUGAACAAACUCAACCUUUAAAAACUCCUUUACCUCCAAUCUCAGCAAUUCCACCUCCAAAAUCUUCAGCAACAACAAAAUUUUUCCAAAGUAAUGCAGAAUAUUAUAAUCAAUUACAACAACAACAUACUAAUCAACCAAUACCUCCAUUAUCUGCAAAAUUACAAACUUCUUUUAAUAAAAUGGGAAAUAAUAACAAAAAUACUUUACCACCUCCACCAAUGCAUUUACCUUCUCAAAAUUCAUUAUAUCCAGAAAAUCUUCAAUUUCAAAAUCCAAACUUUUAUCCACAACAACAACAACAACAAGCACAACAAUUCCCUCCAGGUAAUUAUCCACAGCAAGAAAAUGGUCAAUAUUAUAGUCAAUAUUCAAUACAACAUCCACAACAAGCUCAUCCAACAUAUUUUGAUCCUAAUUAUCAAGCACCAUACUAUCCAAAUUCACAACAACAAUAUCCACAACAACCACCUUCAUUUACUCACAACAAUGGUAAUGGUAAUGGGAAAUCACAUCAACAGAGUCCAUCAAUAAAUCAACAACAACAAUUUUCAUCCAUUUCAAAUCAACAAUCACCAUCAAUUUCAAAACUUUCAACAACAAAACCAAAACAAACAUCAUCAUCAACAACACCUUUAUCAAAUAAUAAUAAAUCAAAACUCCCAUUAGCAGCACAACAUCCAGCAAUGACAAAACAACAAGCAGUAAGUACAAAGAUGCAAAACAAGAAAAAACAAUUAGCUGCUGCUGCUGCUGCUUCAAAUCAAAAACCAAGAGGUAGAGGUCGUCCACCAAAUGUUAAUAAAUUAAAAUCAGGUACUCUGGUAAGUGGUGGUAGUGGAAUUGAUAAAGAUAAGAAAUAUAAAGUUUCUAUACAAGAUGUUAUUGGAGCAAAACCUACUAAAAUUGUUGAUAAAAAAUAG